AAUUGGGCAAACCAGGACCAAAUGUGUAGUUUACUCUUUCUUAUAUGUAUUUCAGGAAAGGCCAACCUCACUCCCAUGAACAUUUUGUGUUCUUCUCAUUGAUUAAGAAUCGUCGAAGUCAAGAGGUCAUAGCAAAAUAUACAAAAUUCCCUCUACUAUUUUCAACUAGGGUUAUGACGAUCCAAGCCCAUAUGCUAUACUCAUGUAUGUGACUGUGAAUGUGUAAUAUACUGGGAGAAUUACCGAUGGAGGAAGGCGGUUGCGGAGGUAGCGACGGUGCAUCGUCAUCAUCGUCGGCAUUAUUAAAUGGUGGUGGACGGCAAAGGUUUGAGGUGGAGUUGAGGCCGGGAGAGACAACAGUUGUGUCGUGGAAGAAGCUUAUGAAAGAUGCCAACAAAGCUGCAAAUAAUAGUCUGCCCCCUCUUGUACCUGCUCCUCCGAUGCCUCCUGCUGUUGCUGUUAAUCAAGCCCUAGAUCCUCUCAAUGCCCCACCGGGAGAGCCUGCUGAAAAUGAAGGUAAUGAUGCAGCUCCUGGUAGCCGUUUUGGUGCUGUUAUUGAGAAGAUUGAGCGCUUAUACAUGAACUAUGGAUUGGGAUUGACAGAAUUACAUCAAACUCUUAGGAGUAAUGUUGUAGAAAAUUCUUGUCAUUGUCCUGAAGAUGCUGCAUCAUAUACUUUCAGGAUGAUGCCGAGCUGGGAUGACUAUUUCCAGGUUGAUGAUUCUCAAAUAAAGCAUGACGGAUUCUUUGUUAAUCGUGGCAAGUUGGAGCUCGCAGCUGUUUCAAAGAAUGAGCCUACUGCUUUGCCAAACCAUCAAUGGAAAAAGAGAAGGAAAGAUUCAGAAAAAGUUAGUGGUGGGAAUGAUAGUGGCCAGCUGAAUACUCAGAAAGUUAAAAAUAAGGAAGCGGGAAAGGUACAUGCACCAGUAGACAAAAAUUCCAUCAUUUCAUCUCAGAGUAAAGCUUCAUCCACUAUAAUUCCUUCAAGUUCUGAGGCUACAAGAAUGGAAAAGAACAUUGACAAGCAGAAGGCUGUGGUAUGCCAACCCAAAGACCAUGGUAGUAAAUUGAAAAAUGGAAGUCCCUUCUCUGUGACUCCAUUGCAGAAGUCUAAUGACAAUAGCUCUAAUGUGAAAUCAAGUUCUCAUUCCGGGCUAUUGCUUAACAACUCAGAAGAGUUGAAUCAAUCUCUUCCCAUUGGAGAGAAAAAUGUGAUUCGUGAACAAUCAAAAGCCAAGGCCACCAGGACCACUCAGCAAGCUACGCAGAAAAACCCUCUCAUGGUGAGAAAGGAAGGUUCAAAUACCAAACCUAAAAGUACAACGCUUGAGAAAGCUAUCAGGGAUUUGGAGAAGACUGUUGUGGAAUCAAGGCCACCAAACAUGGGAGUUGCUGAUGCUGACACUUGUUCUCCAACAGUCAAAAAGAGAAUGCCUCCUGACAUAAAGCAUAAGCUAGCUAAAGUUGCUAGACUUGCGCAUGCAAACCAUGGGAAAAUCUCAAAGGAGCUACUUAAUCGGUUGAUGAGCAUUGUUGGUCAUCUGAUACAGCUCAGAUCAUUGAGGAGAAAUAUUGUAAACAUGAUUAAUAUGGGAUUGUCUGCCAAAGAAGAGAAAGAUGCCAGGAUGCAGCAGUUAAAGAAACAAAUAGAGGAGAUGGUUAAGAUAUGGGCACCAAUGAUGAUGUCCAAGGCUAUUGAGCAACAGCUGGUUGGAGAAUCUGACGAUUUUCAAGAAAGUGGGACCAAAGAAAAAGAAAUUCUUAAAAGACAAAUUACUAUGGAUGAUGCAUUAGAGGAUAAGAUAUGCAUCCUUUAUGACCUUUUUGUUGAGGGACUGGAUGAAGAUGCAGGUCCUCAAGUUAGGAAGCUCUACGCAGAUCUUGCAGAACUGUGGCCACAAGGUUUAAUGGACAAUCAUGGGAUUAGAGGAGCAAUUUGUAGGGCAAAAGAUAGGAGAAAAGCACUACACAAGUAUAAGGGUCAAGAGAAGUUGAAAAGGAAAAAAAUUACCCCUACAAAAACCAAUACUACCAUUGACAUCGAGGCAAGCUCUGUAGCUUCAGAAUACAAAUUUUCUACUGCAGUCACCCAGGCAAAGAGAAAGAUGGAGGUGGAGUAGUAGUCUGAAGCUUAAAUCCAACUUAGAUAAAAAUGUGAAUAACUCAGAUCAGAUUCUAAUAUGUGAGUUUGGCUCCAAAUAUGUUUCAAUGGGCACAUGAUAGUUUCGGUUUAUAUAUACACAAAAGAUAAUACACCAUCCAUCAAUUUUUUAUAAUAGAGGUGGCAAAAUGUGAUGUGAAUGAUUAGUCGAGUCGCGUUAUUAUUUUAUCUUAGGGUUGUAGAGCUGUCCCUGAUAGAAUUCAUAUCAUAUCCAAAAACACCAACAUCAACACCCUGCGCCCAUAAGAAUGAGGCAAGGGGAUGUAGGAUGGGUAGACAACCUCUAUCUGAGAGUAGAGAGACUGCUUCCGUAGAUAACAUGCAAUCAUUUUAUAUGUAGGGACAAACGCUCACUUUUAAAAUUUGUUAUUAGGAAGGGAUAGCUAUGUAAUUUUUUUUAAUAUGUGUAUUAUUCCUGUAAAUAUAGUUUUGUACAAGGACCUAUUGUGUAAAUUAGAAGGACCGUGCUUGUAAUUUAUUUUCUAUGUAAGGACAAAACAGGUGAAACUUGCAAACACGAGAAAAUAUUCGGC